UGUUCUCGAUGUCAUGUGCAAUAUAUAUCGAUAUAUUUCCCUUGUUUCUUAGUAGUAUACUGACAGAAAUAGGGAUGUUCGUUCCGAUUAUAUUCUUUUUUAUUCUUUUGGGAUUCAAUAAUGCCCAGGACUUACGCUUGUACUAUAGGAAUGAAUCAUCUUUAUUAUCAGUAUACAAUGCCGAGACUCAGAUUGCCACCAUUAUUGACUCCGACAACGAUAUGUCGAUGUUGUGCGAUGGAAACACAGGAUUACAAUAUCUUUACUCCCAUCGCAAGAAUACAGUCAUGAAGAUUAGCCGUCACGAGUCUUGGGUUGCUUCGAAAACCUCUAUACAAAAUUAUGUGCAAUCUAUUAGGAGUCUAAAGACUAUCAGAAUUCAAGAGAGUGAGCAAACACAAGAAUUUUCGAUAGAAUCUGCUCCUGGCAAUGUAAUUAAUGAACAUUAUAGAAUCAUCAGAGGUUUUCAGUCAGAAAUGGAGGAAUACGGUGAAUUGAAGAGAGCGGGUUCUUUCUCUAUAUUCGUAAAUGUACUCAAAGAAUUGUGCAGAAUCAAGAGAUCCGUACUUCGUAAUAUCAUCCGAGCAAAACUUGGAGCGAAAAUCUUCCUCCUCAGAGGGGGUAUCAUGAAGUUGGUUUCUGUUUUCCGUGGAUUAUCAAGUUUGAUGAGCGAAACAUCAGGCACUAUAGAAACCAGUAUUACGAAGGAAACUUUCGAUUUCGAACCCCUAUUCCAGUCCGAAUGCGGCACUGAAGCUCUGGCAAUUGUCGCGAGUCAAAUAAAUGAGCACAAUUCACAAGCAAUUGAAAUUGUACAAUAUCCGACAAGAAUGUAUAAAGUCGUGAGAGAGUUUAAUGGUGGUCUUUAUACAGGAUUGAGGGGAGUUGAAGAACUUUUAUACCACACAGUACUCUUCUUGAAACGCCGGGUAUCAGUAGAAGUGUAUAUGGAUCUUUUAAUUCAAGUAACAUCUCAGAUCAGGAAUAUAGACAACAAUUUGAUAUACGCAAAGAUCCAGUUCAUUAAAAGAAUUCUGACGAAUAAAAUGCCGUCGAGUAAAUUGUCUGUAUUUUUGGAUGCCUUCUCGCAGGAUAAACUGAUCGUGGAGAAUGUCAAUAUCUGUUCUAUCAUAAAUCAAUUCAGAAGGGAAACCCUGAGUGUUGGAACCAUCAUACAUGUUUUACAUUCUUUGAGAAGUGGAUUCCCCCACCUUCUAUCAACCCUUUUCGUGAGAUUGGUAUUCUUCACGAUAACAGGACAAGGUCUAUUCUACGUCUUCAGGCUUAUUCCAAGUCUAAAGAGCAUUAUCAACUUUAGAUCUACUGAACCUAUUGUUCAUCAAAUAUACCGGGAAAUGAAGUCGGUCAACAUGAAAAAUUUGAUGGUGAACAACGUGGGAUCAGUUCCAGUUAUUGGAAACAUAUUCCAGGUAAUCUCACAGUCCUUGGUUGAAUACAAGCAAGUUAAACAAUUAUGGAUGAGGGACCUUGUGGCAAUGGGAUCACUUCCAGUUAUAAUGUCAUGGAUUAAUUCUGGUUCGGCUAGGGGAGGACAAGGCCCAAGAGGUUGCAUUCAUGAAAUGGGAAUUUGGGGUAUUGACCGAACAAACGGGUGUUUAUUAUUCAACUGAUACUUAUAUCUGAAUUGGAAUUGAUGAGUUACCUCUUAUUUAAAACUUUUUUUGUCUGUAAUACCUUCUUUUACAUUGUUGAUAAUGUUCAAUUAAAUAAAUCCUUAUGAUCUGGAAUAUAA